AGGGGGACGGAGGCGGGAACUGAGGAUAGGGGCAGCGUGGGGAGCAGUAUCGGGGAAGGGGCCGGAGCCGGGCCGGGAGGGAUGUCGGGGCCCCUCCCUGCCGGAGUCACAGAGCGGCAGCUGCCACGUCAGGGCAGUUUCCUGCCGCAGCCGGAGCCGACUCAGCCGCCGACGCGCGAGUCCCCGCCCCCGGCCACCGCACAGCGGGGAGCGGCCGCCGCCGGGCCGGUCGCAGGGAGCCGCCGUGCGCCUCUGGCCCAACGUCCCCGCCAUGGAGACCCGCUACAACCUGAAGAGCCCGGCUGUCAAACGUUUAAUGAAGGAAGCAGCCGAAUUGAAGGAUCCUACAGAUCAUUACCAUGCACAGCCCUUGGAGGAUAAUCUUUUUGAAUGGCAUUUUACUGUUAGAGGCCCUCCAGAUUCAGAUUUUGAUGGAGGAAUUUAUCAUGGACGAAUAGUACUACCACCAGAGUAUCCCAUGAAACCCCCAAGCAUCAUUCUGUUAACAGCCAAUGGCAGGUUUGAAGUAGGGAAGAAAAUUUGUCUAAGCAUCUCAGGACAUCACCCUGAAACAUGGCAGCCUUCCUGGAGUAUAAGAACAGCUUUACUAGCCAUUAUUGGUUUUAUGCCAACCAAAGGAGAGGGAGCCAUAGGAUCCCUUGACUACACACCUGAGGAAAGACGAGCACUUGCCAAGAAGUCACAGGAUUUCUGCUGUGAUAUAUGUGGCUCAGCAAUGAAGAUAAGCCUGUUACCAUUAACAUCGGGAAGUGCUUCAAGCCAGGCUGAUGAAGAGGCCAAGGAACUUGCCAGACAAAUUAGCUUCAAGGCUGAAAUCAAUUCAUCCAGAAAGUCUAUCACUGAAUCCCCAAACACAUCGGAAUUGAACCACUCUGCCACCUUACCUGAGCUGCGACAGGAUGGUAUAAGUAGAGCAUUCCAGAAUCCAACCACCAGUACAAUGUCUGAAAUUCAGAACAACUCCACACCAUCUAAUCAAGAGCAUACUCAACCUGUAUCUAAUAAUAGCUCCAUGAGCCCGCGCCAGCGCCGUGCCCAGAGGCAGAGAAGAGUACCAUCUUCAACUAACUUUAAUCAGGUGCAGCAACCAAGAGUCAACACAAGCCACACUGGAUCAACCGUUUUGAUUGUCCUUCUGACUUUAGCAUUGGCAGCUCUUAUCUUCCGACGGGUAUAUCUGGCCAAUGACUAUAUAUUUGAGUUAUAAGGUUUUCUCUGUCUUACGAGCAGUGACUUGAAUGCUUCAUUAAACAUUCUGUAUUGAGUAUGCCAUGAGAACUGUUUACAGAAGAUUACUUUUUUAUUUACUCUUUUAAGUCUUUACGAAUGUUAAUAUACCUUUAGGUACAUUGCUUUGUAAGUAGGACAAACGUUGACAUUUCUAUGAAUACUAACAACUGUUAAUGAUCCAUGAACACCCACUAGAUACUUAGAGAAACAAUUUGGUUGAAUAUGAAUAAUAUGUAAAGGGUGGGGGAAAGAAAGUAUCAUUUGUGGCUACCUUAUUUACUGAUAAAAGGAGGCAAUUAAAACAGAAAGGGGUUUUACACUUUUUCUCUGUGGAACAUGGGUGCAGAUAGUCAUCCAUAUCUGAGUGAGUAUAAAAAUUUACGUUGGAGAAGGUCUUUUAAAAUGAAACGCAGUGUCUAUGUGUUGCGUUGUGUGUGCUCUUAAUUCUGAGGGGGAUAAUAUUUUGUAACCACUUUUAUUUACAAUAAGACAAUUCUAAAAAAAUGCAUGAAAUGUUGGUUCUGAGACUGUGCUCUCUGUGAAAAAAGGGGCCAGAAAAUUGUUUGCUUUAUUUUUUGUUUUUAAAUUUUUUUGGAAGUUAGAUUGGAUAAUCUUUUGCAAGAUUUGAAUGUCGUCUUCUAAUACUCUCAAUUGUAUAUCUUGCUUUUUUAAAUUUCAAGAUUAUAUAAAACAUCUAUUAUUGCAAUAGUUAUAAAUAUGUAAUAUAAUUAUUUACCCAGAGCUAUUGUCUUUUAAUUAUUCCAGAAAUAUACAUAAUGCAUUACA